UGCUCCAAAACCUGAAGCCCUUGACUUCAAUGGCGACGAGAACCUUAUUCACAAUCUUAAACCACAAGACCAAAACCUUAACAGCAAAUGCGAUCUUGGCAAGAACAAGAACAUAUUGUUUCAAAUCAAACCCGGUAAAAAGAAACAACCUUCAUUCAAGAAUCAAUUCUAUAGGAGACCCAAGUUGCAGUGUUGCUCCAGUUCUUCAACAGUGGGUUAAAGAAGGAAAAAAUGUUAACGAAUUCCAGCUGCAGCCUAUCAUCCGUGACCUACGUGCUCGUAGGCGUUAUAGUCAUGCCCUGGAGGUUUCCAAAUGGAUGAGUAGCAGUGACCUCAAAUUUUCAUCUAGUGAUUGUGCUGUGCAGUUGGAUCUAAUUGGUAGAGUUCAUGGCCUAAGGUCUGCAGAAAACUUCUUUUGUAGCAUGAAAGACCAAGAUAAAACCGUCCAGACCUAUGGUGCUCUUUUAAAUUGCUAUGUUCGAGAGGGCCUUAUUGAUGAGUCCCUUUCCCUUAUGAAGAAGAUGAGGGAGAUGGGUUUUCUUUCCUCUCCUCUCAACUACAAUAACCUCAUGUGCCUCUACACUAACGUAGGUCAACUGGAAAAAGUCCCUGAUGUUUUGUUAGAGAUGAAGAUGAAUGGUGUCUCCCCUGACAUGUUCAGCUAUAGAAUUUGUAUAAAUUCUUAUGGGGCAAGAGCUGAUUAUAACAGCAUGGAGAAGGUUCUACAAGAAAUGGAAAGCCAACAGAACAUUGAAAUGGAUUGGGGUACUUAUUCCGUAGUGGCAAACCACUACAUAAAAGCAGGUCUUAAUGAAAAGGCACUUCAUUAUUUGAAGGAAUGUGAGAAGAAAGUAGGCAAAAAUGCACUAGGCUAUGACCAUUUGAUUUCAAUGUAUGCUAGUUUGGGAAACUUAGAUGAAAUGAAAUUGUUGUGGGGCCUUCUAAAGGCCAAAUGUAAGAAGCACACCAACAUAAACUACAUAAGGAUGCUGGGUUCAUUGAUGAAGCUUGGUGAGCUUGAAGAAAGUGAAAAGUUGCUUAAAAAGUGGGAGUCAUCUUGUAAGACAUAUGAUUUCCGAGUGCCAAAUGUUCUUCUUAUUGGAUAUUGUCAGAAAGGUUUAGUGGAAAAGGCCGAAGCAGUGCUACAGGAUAUAAUCAAGAGAAGGAAGACUGCACUUCCGAACAGUUGGUCUAUUGUUGCAGCUGGAUAUGUGAAUAAGAACAAUAUUGAGAAGGCUUUUGAGUGCUUUAGAGAAGCUCUUGCUCUACAAGCAGAAAAUAAAGACUGGAGGCCAAAAGCAAGUUUAAUAUCUAGCAUAUUGAGUUGGUUAGGUGACAAUGGAGAAGUUGAAGAUGCAGAAGCUUUUGUAAAAUUAUUGAGAACCAAGGUUCCAGCAAAUAGAGAUAUGUAUCAUGCUCUCUUGAAGGCAUAUAUCAGAAAUGGCAAAGAAGUAGAGGGGCUUUUGGAGCGCAUGAAGGACGAUGAAAUAGGAGACAUUGAGGAAACAAUGAAGAUCCUUAGCCUUAGAGAGCAAAGAUCUUAACGUAGUAAUUCUUUCAUGCUGCCAGGAAUCAGAGGAGCACUAAGGGACAGCCCAAUAUGCGCCUUCCCUUCUCAUUGAAACUCUCAAUGACCAAAAUGAGAUGCAGAGACUUACUCAAUGAUCUUAUUCACUGUAAUUCUUCUGUAGAAUUCUUGAAUCCGUAAUAUAAUAUAGUGUUUUUACAUUCUCAAUAUCAUUUCUAUUAUGGUUUCUUUCUGCACAAAUCUUUUAAAUCCUUUCUUGUAUAUAUUCGAUGGCCAUGACCAUGAAAAUCUUGUAUUAGCUAAUUUAAA